UACAUAUCAACUGACCACCAAGGACAGGCGGCUCAGAUGGGUGUUUGUUCUACCGAUUGUGGUUUUGUGAAUCUGUAGUUUGUGUAUUUCCUCUUUAUGAGUGACAAGACUGUUGCUUCGAAUUGCUGAAAUGCAAAAGAAAGGAAGUGAACCAGACUUCUCUGUUCCUUGGCAUUUGAGCGAUGCUGUUCUCGUUGUGGAGGAGAAACACUUCAAUGUGCACAAAAGCACUUUAUCAAUGUGGUCUCCAGUCUUUGAAAAAAUGUUCAGAGAGAGAAAUGACCAAGAAAUUUGUCUACCAGGGAAGAAAUCAAAAGAGAUAAAAGAAAUGCUUCUGGUUAUUUAUCCUACAUCAAAAAAAGUGACAGAAGAAAAUUGUUAUUAUUUAUUGACAUUAGCUCAGGAGUAUCAGAUGGAACAGUUGACAGAGCGCUGUGAAAAAUAUUUGAUACAAAGAGAAAAGACCCCAUUCCAAGCCAUUGAUUUCCUUGUACUAGCACAUGGAUUUAAAAUGUCAGAAUUAUGCAAGCAAUGUAUAGAAAUUGCUAAGCACAUUUCACUAAAUGAGCUUCGCAAGCAUGAGAAGUAUUCCCUAGUUGAAGAUGGCAAUGGAAAGCAGCUUGCAGAAAGAAGGGUAGAGUUACUAGAAGGCAAAGUUGCUACCCUUGAACAAAAACCAAAUUCAAUCAGAAAGGAAAUAAAGGAAACUUGUGAGUGGGCAAUUCGUGAGAUAAGCCGAGUUGUUUUUCACAAGAAGCAUCAAGGGGAUGGGAAACAUUCACCACGCGCACUGGGAGAUUGCCUCAGAGUUCUUGAGGAAGAGGCUUUACAAAGCCCAGAGAUGAAUUUGGUAGUACAGCUUUUACAACAGAGGUUAAGAAAAAUCUAUGAACCACAGCAAAGAAUGUAGGUAAUUUUUAUGAUCUUGAGCAUUUUGUGAACUGCAAACAACAAACUGCAUUAUUGCUUCUAUUAAACACACCUUGUUUAUUGCCAAAAUAUAGCAAUAACCAAUUAGAGAUGACCUCAAAGUUAAUUGAAUUUGAUGGACAACAAGCUGUUUAAUAGUUGCUGAAAUUAAUGCGGAACAGUUUGUUGAAUACUCAACAUUGCAGUAAGAUAUAAAACUUGCUAGGCCAGCCAGGCUUUAACAGGUGAUUUAACUUAAGUAAUGUAUUACGUGCAAUCGUAUUAAUAUCUUAACAACAAUGUAGUUGGCAGCUUAGUUGGAUGAGUAAUUGAUAAUGAGAUAAUUUGAUAAUGUAAUAUUUUAAGCAAUACAUUUUAUAUUCUUUGAAUAUAUUUUGGCAUGUAAUAUUUUAAGCAAUACAUUUUCCUUAUAUCAGGGGUGGAUACGGGGGGAUGGGGGUGGAUGUGACCUACCAAGAACUGCUGGUAACCAGUUAUAAGCCGUCUAUCCGGCCAUUAUCCACCCCAAAUUUUGAAAUCCUGGAUCCGCCCCUUUUAUAUUCUUUGAAUAUAUUUUGGCAUAUAUAUUAUAUUUCAAUGUGUGGCUUAAAUAAUAUUAAUGUUACUAAAAAAUAAGGGGGAUUUUACACAUAGCAUAGAUAUUCCCCAUGUAUGGCUAAAAUGAAUUUAAGAACAAUUAAAGAAAGUAAAAGCC